AUGGUGAUCACAAAAGGAGAUAUAUUUGAUGGAGCUCCUGCUGCAGAUGCUAUUGUAUCUCCAGCAAACAGUUUUGGUUUUAUGGAUGGUGGUAUUGAUAUGGCAUAUUCAAGACAUUUUGGUUGGCAGAUGCAAGAACGUUUACAAGAAGUUAUAAAGAAAGAUCAUGGUGGAGAACUAUUAGUGGGUAAUGCUGUUAUUAUUCCUUCAUAUCCUCCUGGUACUGACUACAGUGCAUUAGAACUACCAGUAACACAUAAUGAAGGCAAACCUAUUAAAUAUCUGAUAUCAGCACCUACUAUGAGAGUACCUAUGGAUGUAUAUGAUACAGUUAAUGCUUACCUGGCACUUAGAGCUGUUUUAAGAUCAGUUAUUAAUCAUAAUGCCUCAUGUCAACAAACUGGACAAGAACCUAUUCAUUCUGUUCUGUGUCCUGGUCUGGGGACUGCUGUUGGACGAAUGCCAUUUAAGAGAUGUGCUUUACAGGCUGGGAAAGAUUCUGGUACAGCAUUUGAACGUAAAGCAUAUCCAGGUGAAAUAUUUGCAGAAAAGAACACCUAA